GUCGUCAAAAUACCACAGCAUCUUGUCAUGUUCUUUCUUUGUGAUAUCAGUUUGUAGAGUGACCGAAUCUCCCUCAGUCACUGACACUGUCACCACAUCACCAAACACACCUGGAAAGAUAAAAGGGUUGAGCGUGUAUUUGCUAAAACAGGUGAAGUGGAGUCAGUGUUAGUGUUGGAGGGAGAUUCAGUCAUUCUAAACUCUGGUCUUACUGAAAUAAUGGAUGAUGAUCUGAUUCUGUGGAGGUUUGGAUAUAACAAGACUUUAAUAGCUCAAAUCGAUGCAACGACUGACAGCAUGGCUGUACAUGAUGAUGUUCUUGAUGGGAGAUUCAGAGACAGACUGAAGCUGGAUGAUCAAACUGGAUCUCUGACCAUCACAAACAUCACAACUCAACAUAAUGGACAUUAUCAACUAAAGAUCAACAGUGUCAUCAAGAAUUUCAGUAUCACUGUCUAUGCUUGUCUGCCUGUUCCUGUCAUCAGCAGUAACUCUUCACAAUGUUUGUCAUCAUCAUCAUAUUGUUCAUUGUUGUGUUCAGUGGUGAAUGUGAGUGAUGUGACUCUCUCCUGGUACAAAGAAAACAGUUCAUUGUCCAGCAUCAGUGUGUCUGAUCUCAGCAUCAGUCUCUCUCUACCUCUGGAGGUGGAAUAUAAGGAUAAAAACACCUACAGCUGUGUGAUCAACAAUCCCAUCAGCAACCAGACUCAACAUCUCAACAUAACUCAACUCUGUCAACGAUGUCCAGGCUCUGUAUCUCUAAUAGUGUUGAUCUCUGUUGCUGCUGUGGCCGGAUCUCUGUUGAUUGUAGCUGCAGUCGGGGUAUUUCUCAUGUGCAGGAAAUGUCGUAAAUCUGAUCAAAAAGUUCAAGAUCCUGAAGAGAUCACUUACAUUGAGCCAACAUUCAACAAAGGAAAAGCGAAGAAAACGAAUGUAAAAGAAGAAGCUCAAGUAGAGUAUGCACCAAUCGCCAUGAGAAGAUACAAUAUAAAUCCAGCUGAAGAUGAACACACCUAGUGUUAAUUUGGCUAAAACAACAAGAAAACACAUGAUUUAGUAGUGGUCAGAGACUCUAUACAAAGUGGCCAGAUGGCCCCUGAAACAGAUAGAGUUCAACUCUCUUUGGAGGCCCCUGGAAACUCUGGCCCCACUAUCUGCUCAGUUUGUGAGUCAAACUGAAACCUGCUGUGCUCAAAUUUCUUCACAACUGUAUAAAAUUUACAGUCAGACCUUUCAGGCAUAUAAAUGGCUUCUUCAUAAGAAUAUAUGCUGCUAGAUUUUUGUGGUUGAAGUUUGUCUGAGCUGUUAGUUUUGUGUCUGUUUGAACAGCGUGUGGUUGAAGGGCUUAUUCCAUUCCUGUUCACAUGAAACCCACAGUUUGACGUCAGCCGUAUGCAAAGCUUUAUUACAAAUGUUGAAUCCAUUAAUAAUGUCUGACAAAUCUAAGAGAAUACUUGAUAUUUAUACUAGCAUAUUUAUACUAUAGAUACUGAUAUUGCUGUGUGAAU